UUUAAAUGAUGGCUGGCAAGAAGCGGAUCAAUCCGACCAAAUUCCAGUCAGGAGUGACGUUUGCAAACCAACGAGCCGGAUAACAGGUGAAUUGGUUCUCAAUUCCUGAGAGAGUCAGGGUGGUCACACAUUGCUGCUGCGCCUCUUCAACGCUCUCAUGAGCCGUUUCUCUCGUGGAAGUCAGCCAGCAGACCCCAGCUGCUCCUUUUGAGACUGGAUGACAACAGUCCAGUACUACAGUGUCCUCUCCACAAACACCGAGCAUCCCUCGACUGUGGACCUCUUGACCUUCACAGUUCAGUGAUGUUAGCUUUGAGCCGCUACAACUCUACACAGCACUCCGCCUCCCAGCUGCUCCCUCGUAUCUCCAAUGACAGCGGAGGGAAAGUGGAGGUGAGGGUGGCUGUUGAAGGUCUGUCGCGGCAGGGAAACCACACCCAUGGGGAGCCCACCACCAGCGGCGCCAUUGUCGUGAUUCUUUCCAUGACACUAGGCAUCAUCUCCAACAUCGUGGCCCUCUUCAUCCUGGCCAAUGCCUACUCGCUCCAGCGUCGGCGCACCAAAGCCACAUUUCUUCUGUUUGCCAGUUCCCUGGUGGUCACAGACUUCAUCGGCCAUGUGAUCCCGGGUGCCCUUGUUCUCCGGCUCUACCUAUCUGGAGGUGCGCACCCCAAGGACUUCAACGACUCUGAUAGGAUGUGUCAGUUCCUGGGUGGCAGCAUGGUCUUCUUUGGCCUGUGCCCACUCUUUUUGGGCUGCGCCAUGGCGGCUGAGCGUUGCCUGGGUGUCACUAAGCCGCUGCUGCACUCAUCCCUGGUAACCAAAACCCGGACAAAGAUCUGCCUGUCUGUCAUCUGGCUGGCAGCUCUGUGCGUGGCCAUACUGCCGUGCUUCCGGCUCGGCUCUUACACCUAUCAGGAACCAGGUACCUGGUGUUUCAUCAAAGUGCUCAGUGACACUCAGGAGGUGGAUUUGGUGUUUGUGGUGCUGUUCUCCGUACUGGGUCUGACCUCGCUGGCUGUUGCACUGGUGUGCAACACCGUCAGUGGAAUGACCCUGGUGCUCGCUCGGCUCAGGAGGAAGCCCGGCUCCCACCAUUCAGCCAAGUCCCAUGACAUAGAGAUGGUUGUGCAACUGGUCGGCAUCAUGAUCACCUCGUGCAUCUGUUGGAGCCCCCUGCUGAUCUUGGCCCUGAUGUCUGUGAUCCACUCCUACACAGGCUCUAUUGGAGAAGACUUAUCCAGCUACAAAACUCUGAUGGUGAUGGGCGUGCGACUGGCCACGUGGAACCAGAUUCUCGACCCCUGGGUCUACAUCCUGCUGCGCCGCACUGUCCUCCGCAAAAUCUACCUCAUUGCAAAGUGCCAGGAAAGGCUCAGGGCUAAUGAAUUGGGCCAUUGGGAGCCCUCCUCUUUUCGCAGCUCAGAGAAGAAUGUCAACCAGGUUUGAACCGAGAAAAAGAGUUAAGGAUUUACUUUGUAAACCAGGUCAUUGAACAUUUAAAGGACUCACCUAACCAAGGCGUUUGAAAGGAGGCACGUGUAGAACCACGUCGAAGGAAAUAAACUGUGGAUACAAUCGUGGAGUAAAGUGGAAUCGCAGUUUGGUAUUUCUCUGCUGGUCCACUUUGGAAAGGUUUCAUGAAUUUAAAUAAAAAAUAUCUUGUUCAUGCUUUUCUUUUACAACCAUUUACCAGUGACUUUGUAGUCAAACCUUUCAAAUGAAAGCAAGCUAAUGCUAUGAUUUUGCACAUACAUUGUCUCUUGUUUACUUGCCGUAGGUCACUUACUUCAAGUAAUAUUAAAGAAUAUUCUUUUAUUAAAGAUGUAUAUACUACAGUAUGACUACACACAGCCCAGAGGGACUCGGACGUACGGAGUGGUACUUACAGAAGGACUGAGGAUUAUUUGGUUUUAUUUACUGAAUUGAUUUUCACCAGCUUUGGAAGUAAAAGAUAAACACCAUCAGCUCUAGCACUACAUACAUGAGGAAGAAUGAUGCUCAGUCAUUGUAACCACCAGAGGCAGUAUUUAGAUUGUAAUCAUAAUGUUUAUUAUUCUGCUGAAUGUAUUUUAUGAAGGUUGUUAAAAUUCAUAUAUUGUGAUGUUGAUUUGAGUUCAAAUAUGCUUUUCAUAUGUUUAUACCGUGAUUUGUAUGUUAAAUAAUGUAAGAUUGUAUAAGUUAUUACUUUAAUGGAG